UGAAAUCACAUAAACAGUGUUUACUUAUGGCAGUUAUUUCUUAUACAAACGGAGAGUUUAUACGCACUAACAUUGCAUACUUGUUCUAGCUAUUAUAUUCUACUUGGCAUUAUAUAAAUGAAUUGUGUUUCAAUAUGUGAAAUUAUUCAUGCACUCAACAAAGGAACAAUUUAUGCGUAAACAGAAAAUGUAUCGUGCAGAAUGACGAUAGAGAUAGCGUGAUGGCGCACGAGAUACAUUUAAAGAACAGCAAAUACCGACAGUGGGUCAAGGCAGGCCUAGGCUUAGGUUAUCUGAAAGAAGGACUAGCACCAUUUUGUGAUGACAUAGGAAAACAGCAGCACAAAGAUAUUAUAAACCAAAUUCAAGGAACAAAGACCCCUAAACCAAUUGUACCAUGUGGCGUCUGUCAGAUAACAACUCUCCAGCCAGACCACGUUCGAGUCUCAAAAGUAAUAUGUCCACUCAAGCAAGAUAAAUGUAACUGCUGCUUUCCAAAUAAUAAGAAACCCUGUCCAAACAACAUAUGUGGUGCCAUCUAUGAUAGCAUUAUACAGAAUCAUGCAUCAAUACCACCGGCACCUUUUUGGAGAAACAGCGAUGCCCAUGAUUGGUCAAUUGACCCAUGGAGCAUAUGUAAAUGUUUUAUAAAUGCUCCUGGGUACAAGGACAAGACAUCAGCAGCCGACGUGGACUGCUCGGCGUUACUACAUGUUAUCAUAAAUAACAAAUAUUUUCAUAAUCAUAUUGGAUGCAAUGUAACAGGACCAAACAAUCUUUUUGCAAAGGUAAGGCAGUAUAGAAAUGCGAUUUUUCACUCAAGCUGCAUGGAAUUAGACGAAACGGAGGCAAAUUCCUACAUUGAUGAUAUGAUAUCAAUUCUACAAGAUGGAAAGGACCUUGUACACCAUCUGGCUGCUCAACGAGCUGUCAGGAAACUACAAGAUCUGAAGAAGAAGGAUUUCAUAAUUACUACCGACGGCUUUGAAGAAGUUCUGGGUCAAAUCAAAGAAGAAAUGACAAAAGUUUCUAAAUCAAUAGAAAAUGCCGCAACUAAAGAGGAAUAUAACGAGCUUAAAAAUAAUUUAUCUGACCUUGAGACAAAGAUGACCCGAGAAAAAGAAGAGAAACAAAGACUCAAUGACGAAGAUUCUUCUAAACAAAGAGAACUAGAAUGUGAAAAAGCUAGUUCAGAACUUCAAGGCGACCUGAUUAAAUUCUACAGAAAAAGGUGUAGUUCAAUACCUCUCUCACCGCUUCUUGAAGAAAUAGAGACACCUCUAGCUGGGUUCUACGUGAUGCCAGAUAUAGUCGCCGUAAAACAGAAGUCCUUAACUUGUCAUGAAGAAGAGAGAACUCCGAUGAAGUCUUUGAAAGACCUGUUUUCAACCGGAAGUGCAGACCAGCAAGAAAUUUAUCUAUCAGCUGAUGCAGGCUUUGGAAAAACUGCUUUCUCAAAAUAUCUUGCAAUCACGUGGUGUCAAGCUCAUUGUCACGAUAAAAACUACGCCUGUUUUAAAGAUGAUGAGUUAAAAACGUUAUUUGACUUUAAGUUCCUAUUUUUGGUUUUAUUAAGAGACUGUACUUCUGUUUGUAACAUUGACGAUAUGAUUGAACAGCAAAUUACUAAGAAACUUCCUUCUUCCGCAACAAUCAAUGAAGUUUUACGUGGGGAAAAAUGUUUGAUUAUAUUGGACGGUCUUGAUGAAUGGGCUCACCCUAAUAACAGCUGCAGCGAAGUAACAGAACAAAUCCCACAUCGGUACGUACGUGACAAUUGUGUUAUCCUUACGACAACUCGACCGUGGAAGCUCGGAGUUUCAAAUCUCAAAACAUGUCAAAUAAACAAAAAAGUAGAAUUGGUUCAAUUAAGUGCAGAUUCUACGCGGCAACUAGAAGAAAAUGCUAUAAGGAAAAUGACCGGUGUCCAUAACGAUAGGGUGUUGAAGAGUAAAACACAGGACUUUAAUAAAGUGAUAAGUGAUCGUCGCCUAGAGCACAUGCAAGUGAUUCCACUCCUCCUCUUGUAUAUAGUUUGCCUAUGGUGUAACAACAUUUCCAUAGGAAAUUCAAAACAUGAAAUGUACUCCAAUAUCAUUGAAUUUCUAUUAUCGAGAACGUCAAAAAAACACCCGGAAGUCCAACUAUCUCGUGAAACCUCUGCCAGUGAAAUUUCAGAUUACUUCAAAAGUCAUGAAUUUUGUAAAAAGUUUUACAGUCUUAUAAUAUCAUUAGCAGAACUAGCUUACCAAACAUUAUUUAGCGAAAACAGAGAAAAUACGCUGGUAUUUGAUAGAACGGUUGCUGAAAAAUAUCUCAGAGCAGACGACAUGAAAUUAAGUCUUCUCUCAGGAAUACUGUCAGAAAGUAGAAGUAAAACUUUAAUCAAAGAAAUUAUCAAAUUAUCGUUUUCUCACAAAACAGUGCAAGAAUUCUUUGCCGCCAUAUUCAUAAGUUCUCAAAGUGACGCUCAGAAAACUGUUCUAGAAAAAUGUAUAAAUGUUCAAGACAUUCUGGACAUGUCAAAAAUUUGUGAAUUUACAAGUGGAAUGAAUGCUGACCGGAUGUGUGCAAUAUCAAGUGAUUUAAUGUCUGUAAUAAAUAAAGACGAGAAAACACGCGACUAUAGAACUAGGACAGGUCGCGAGGACAUGUACAAUAUUAAUGCAUUGUAUAACAUACAGAAAAUGUUCACGUCGUGUUUACAAGAAAUGCCUCAAAGUGAAAAUAUUCAAUUAUGUUUACAAGAUUUCUUUAUUAACGAAGACACCGUGCACAGUAAGCAGUUACAACGUUUGUUAAAACAAAAUAAAACCAACAUAAAAUCACUUUAUAUAUACAUCAGAUUCACUUCAAGCAGUUUACGUGAAAUUAUAGAUUUUUUCUCUCUCACAGAUCUCAGUUAUAUCCAGAAACUUUACUAUUAUGGUGACGAGAAGAAGGAGGCUGAGAUAAACCGGUUAUUGUUUCCCAGUUUAAAGUACGUAUCUUUGUGGAGUGGUAAAUGGACAAAUGAAGAAGAAGAUCUGAGUGAAAACAUGGCGCGAUGUCAAAACUUACAAUAUUUAUAUAUUGGCGACUUCACGUUAUCUCACAAAAUACUGGAAACAUUUUUCAAUUUUAUCUCCGGUCAAAAAUCAAUGAAAGAGUUAACAUUGGACGAGUUAGACUACAAACAAAAUAGCGGCCAUGAUUGUAAGAGAUGGAACUUGGACUUGUCUCAACUUUCAAUUCUAUCAAACUUAGACCUGCGGGGGUUAUCUGGGAGGCUACAAUUAAAUAUAUCAACACCGUCAUUAGUUAAUGUUAGGUUGUCGGGCAUCAAUCUAGAUGAAAGUUUAUUGUUACUGGCACGUGACAUGUUGAAUAUUGAACGUGUGGUGAUGGAGUAUAUAGAAAUGACUGCAAGAAGUUUACAGAACUUUAUUUCCGUGCUGGAAAAUCUGCCGCAGUCAGUUACAGUCAAGAUGCUCGCCGUUAAACCGGAAACAGAAUAUAUCCGUGUUAGAGAAAAUAUGCGGAGAUCACAAACUUUUCAUGUGAUACGAGACGACGGCGGCUGGUGGGGAACAUUUGAGUUUAAAACAAUAAAACCAAGCAAACAAUAGACAAGGAAAAAUCAUUGUAAAAUAAACUAAAUAAAUUAUUUCAAUGAUUUUAAAUAAACAAAACAAGUUAAGGAUGGACAAUUAGAAACAAAAUGGCGGCUCUUCAAACUUUAAUUAGGGCAUACAUGUACUUCCGUUUUAAAUUAAUAAUUUAAGUGACAAUUGUUUAUAAAUAAAAUAUGAUAAACAAGAUCAACAAGGAAAGGCGGCGCUCAAUGAACGCAACCCCCAUAUGACCAAGCAACAAGAACCCAAUGGCAAGGAGCCCAGGCGGACCCCAAACAUAAAAAGGACAGGGCAAAGACACGUUAAUCAUUAAAUGAUAAAUAAUUUGUAACUGAUUAGGAAUUCAAAGAAAAUAAUAAUA